CUUAUAUCUCAUACAACAUGUUGAGCCGUUCCUUAUUUAACUCUGCCAAGCAGGUUGGCCUCCGCAACGUGGCUGGCUCCCUUGGUGUCCGUUCCAUUCACAACUCUGCUGCUGUCAUGGCCGCUGCCUCCAAGGACGUCACCCCAAAUGCCUUGCCUACCGAGUACCCGUUGAUGUCUGAGUUAGUCAACAACAACGCCGUCGACUAUGCGCUUACCUCCAUUGAUACCAUUGCGAACUGGGCUCGUAAGUCUUCGUUCUGGCCAGUCACGUUCGGUUUGGCCUGUUGUGCCGUUGAGAUGAUGCACGUCUCCGCGCCAAGAUAUGAUCAAGAUAGAUUGGGGAUUAUUUUCAGAGCGUCCCCGCGUCAGUCCGAUAUCAUGAUCGUCGCCGGCACCUUGACCAAUAAGAUGGCACCAGCCUUGAGACAGGUGUACGAUCAAAUGCCAGCCCCAAGAUGGGUCAUUUCCAUGGGUUCCUGCGCCAACGGUGGAGGCUAUUACCAUUACUCCUACUCCGUUGUCAGAGGGUGUGACAGAGUCGUCCCGGUCGAUGUCUACGUGCCGGGUUGCCCGCCAACCGCUGAAGCUUUGAUGUACGGUAUUUUCCAGUUGCAGAAGAAGAUGAUGAAGCACAGAAAGACCAAGAUCAAGUUCAGAUCUACUUAGUUCCAUUCCACAUUUUCACUUCCCCACAUCCAUACGCUACGCCGUAUCCCUUCAAAAGAAAAGAGCGAGAGUACCCGGGUCGACAGGCCAUCUGGGCUAAAGAUUGCCGUUCGGAUACAAAUUCUGAUUCACUGGUGCUGUCGCUUAUGCAUUUUUACAUUCUCCUUUUUCUCCUAUUUAUUCAUCGUUAUUUAUUCCUGCUAAUUGUUUCGUGAAGCUGUAGAACGGUGUGAUUAAAAAGGCGCAAGGGAUUAUAACUGAACAGUAGUGUUUGCAUUGGAGGGCCAUGCGCUUUGUAGCCAAACUUAUCGGUCACAUCGGCCCAGUGUGGGUCUGAAAAUGGAUAUAGAAAUGCCAAGUUGAGUAGCACAAGACCGAUAUGACUUAGAAUAAAGGCUCUUUAAGUUUGUCC